UAGUCUUGUGUAUCUUUCAAUUUUACCGUGCUCGGUCUGUUUUGUUGAGAAGAGGAGCCAAGCCAGAUUUGACAUGUGAUACUUCAUACGUUGUGCGUAGAAUUCACAUACAGUAGAAUCUAGUACACAUUGAGUGUGUGACAUGGCCAGUGGACAGAUUGAAUCAGUCUUGUUUUCCAGUCUCGGAUGAUCAACUUCCCGAAGCAAGUACCUGCUCCUGAACAUAGGCACCAUUGUAUGGACUAGCUGCUGCCCGAAUUCAUUGCUCAGAUCACAAGUCCAAUCCUUGCAAACUCUGGAUCUCUCAGCUGUAGCAACCACACACCCCCUCCCUUCUCCCUUCCCAUCCAUGGGUGACUCCACAACGGUGUCCCCAUCGUCCAACACGAUGGGCAGCGAGUACGAUUACCUCAUCAAGUUCCUGGCGCUGGGCGACUCCGGGGUGGGCAAGACUAGCUUUCUCUACCAGUACACAGACGGCACCUUCAACUCCAAGUUCAUCUCCACCGUGGGAAUCGACUUCAGGGAAAAGCGCGUGAUGCACAGGCCCAAAGGUGUCGCAGACAACAUGAGCAGAGGGCAGCGCGUGCACCUGCAGUUGUGGGACACGGCCGGCCAAGAAAGGUUUCGAAGCCUAACAACUGCGUUCUUCCGCGACGCCAUGGGUUUCCUCCUCCUGUUUGACCUCACUAAUGAGCAGUCCUUCAUCAACAUCCGCAACUGGAUGACACAGCUGCAGAUGCACGCCUACUGUGAGAACCCUGACAUUGUGCUAUGCGGCAACAAGUCGGACCUGGAGGAGAAUCGAGCCAUCUCGGAUGAGAGAGCCAAGGAAAUGGCAGAAAAGUACGGGUUGCCUUACUUCGAGACGAGUGCCAAGACGGGCAACAAUAUCAGUAAAGCCAUCGAGUGCCUGCUGGACAACGUCAUGCUGCGCAUGGAGCGCAGCGUGGACAAGAGCCAGUUCCCUGGUGCGGUGGUCGCCCACGGCAACGGCCGCGGCCUGCCCAUGGAGGUAGACGAGGCGAGCGAGGGGAAGAGCGGCUGCGCUUGUUAGGUACGUGCACCGGGUACAGGCUGAGCUCAUGUUUUUGACGCAUUUCGGGGAGCAGAAAAGCUAAUGGAAGUGUUUGAUUGUGGAACCAUGUUGGGGUCAUGUUUUUCUCUUAUGUUUGGACAACUAGUGCAUCUCUCCCAGCCCAGUGAAUGGUUCACAUUUAUUUUCUUUGUCUUCGCUGAUGCCUGAGAGCCAGUCAGGUUGCUCUUCCCACUGAUAGAUUAUCCUGAAUGAUUAGCAGUGUGUUGUUUUUCACAGCACGAAACAUUUAGACUGAAUAGUUCUUCAGCACAACUUCACUGGUCUAAAUUUCUUGGAUACACAUUAUCACAAUGAAAGCCAACCUUAAACUCUUGUCAGUUAGAUAUUAUGUUAACCUACUGUAAAAAAAAUAACAUAGAAUAUAGCCUACGGUACAUACAUGUACUGUACAUGUAUAUUCCGGUAGUGGCUGUAGAAGAGAAUUUAUUCACUUAGGGUUAGAAAGGGAGCAAAUUUGUGUAAAUAUGUCUUUGGAAUGUUUGGCCUAGUCAGUAAGAUAAGGUUUUCAGUUUAUACACUGUACCACCGAAAAAAUUCUCUUCUCGCAAACGAAAAGACCUCUAGCGCUUUGAUGUCGCGCGAACAAGGGCUUUUACAAAGGACAUGAACACAAGAGCUCGGUAGUGUCUGUGCAGUGCUGGAAGGGAGCUGAAGAGCAUGUCAUCACCCACUGUCAUUUGAAACAUAGCGCUGCAGUCCUAGCCAUUUUUUUUUUGCACCUGUUGGUCAUGGCAUCCGUAGUCGCACCAAAGGUAUUCCUGCAGUAUACAGCAUAGGGAUAUAAUCCACCAUGCCACUAUUGUUAUUUAAGACUACUUAUUUGAAGCAUGUGGAAGUCCUUUGACGAGCUAGAGAUCCUGCUUUACACGUGUAUGCAGUGGAUGAUGUAGGGUUUAAUUCAAUCCAGUUCAGUUCAAGAGACAUAUAUUUCCAUUCCUUGCAGCAGUAAAUUUAAAUGCACAGUACGGUGAAAAGAUGACCAAGGCAAGAACCAAGCAGGAGUAGGGUUCCUAGGUCUCAUAUAGGCUUACAUGUAUACACACGUGGCAAUUUGUGAUGAGAUAUUAUUAGUUAUCACAUGGGUGCGAGUGGAACACGGAAUAAUGUAGUAAGUCUGUGUCGGCCAUGUGGGACACAAAAGAUCUCAUAAGGCGCACAGCAAAAAACAGUAACAAUGAUGUACCACAAUUCUGCAAUUUUAUCAAGGGAGCAUUGGAAUUAUUUGUGUUUGAACUUGUUUCAAUAACAACAAUAGCUACAGGGCUUACAAGGAAAUUGUUAGAAUUGAACGUGCAUUUAAACACGUGACGAUUAGCACAUGCAAACACAUUACUUUUGAAUUUACAAUCAUGCAGAUGUGUGUUUGCUUUUAGCGUAAAAAUAGCGCAGUGCAUCGAGUUAGAACAGUGUAUUAUGUACAGUAGGUACAUGUACAUAUGAUCUGAACCGUGCAAUACGGUUGUAUACUAGCAUCACACUGUUUGUUGCAAUGGAUCGACCAAUCAGAACUGAGAAUUCAAGUUUGCCUGAAGAUCAUACGGCAGUAGAUGUCAAUGCUGUGGAGGAACUGUAGCAUACAGUACAUGUUGGAGUGUGCCACACAUCUUUAGUUAAAUGUUACUGUAAACAGCCUGAAGUGCAUCGCAUUAUUUUGUUAAAGUUUGAAAUAAGGUGCACUUUCUUGUUUAGACUAUUUUUUGAGACAGAAUGUAGCAUAGUGGGUCAAAAGACAGUGCCAUUCUGACCAGAUGGAUGGAACUAGAUAUUUACAAAAGACAGCCUUUGACAAAUCCCUAUUUUCUGCUUAACUCCUUUUUUUUUGAAGGUGUGCAUAGUAUAGUUAUACGUAGGUGUACAGAGUUAGAGCUGGCCAGUAUAUGCCUUAUAUUGCCUGACUGGAUUAAACAAACAAAUGAAGGGGCGAAAAGACUUGGCCGAGUUCAAAAGAAGUAUUUUUAGGACAAAACAAAUUAAUUUGGUUAAAAAAUAUAUGUUUUAUAGUCGACCUUGCAAUGUGUUACUGUGCAACAUUUCAGUUAAUUACAUGUAGUCUGUUUGGAAUGUAUGCUUUUUGUGUUGCUGGCACAUGUAGCUUUACAUUUUUGGGUUGCAUUUGCAACUUGCCAAAAAAUAGCAAUGCAUGCUUUGAGCCAUUGUGAAACGCCUUAUCAAGUUAAGAAUGAAUUUGUACACAAAAUUGGGCCAUCAAAAUUAAAGGUUUGGUUCAAUCAACUCAACUGGGAACCCUUGUCUCAUAAUUAAAAUUCCCUAGCAAUGGUAGCAGAACACCUUUUAGUGAUCUCAUUUAUUUUAAAUCACAGACAUGAAAUCUCAAAAAUCACAAAUCAGUCUUGUGAUUUCUGUGUUCCAGUGUUAUUAAUUUUCCCACCAAAUAUGCAGAUUUACUGUAGUUUUCAUUUUCUACCAUGUCUACUUUGCAAUUUGCUCUGUUUUCUAGUCUUGAUUCAAGGACAGAACAUGAACAUAGGUGUACAUUGUAGCUUGCUAAAGGAGCAAAGAAAAGAAUUUUUUUCAGAAACAACCACGUUACAUAAUUUCUCCAUUGUCAUGACAUUUUUAGAAGAGUGGGAUGUUCUUUCCAAGUGCUCGCCUGUACAUAGUUGGCCAACUUUCGUCAAGUAAUAGCAGUGUUUUUUGUACCAAUGGCACGCCAUACCAAGUAAAUCGGUGUGCUGACAGGAAAUGCCUCCUUGCUUUAUUAUCCCUUCCUCAGUGUAGUUGGUAACAUUUAGUGCACUCGGGCUGCUUGCAAAUAAACUUGUUCAGUCCAGCAGUAGUCUGUUGUGCGGGAACUCGAGCGAAUUCGGGCGAAUUACUCUUUUCAGUGAGAUUGUGACAAUAUACAAAUUUGUACAUGUAUUAUUAUUAAGAAGCCAACAAUAUACAGGGAAAGGGGAAAUGUUCUUCAUGGUGUGAGAAUCUCCAUAAUUUAAAACCUGUUUUCUCAAAGCGGUAUUCAAUAUAAUCAUUCCUCUUCAUUCCUGUUGAUUUGAAAAAAAUUACCAGUAACAGUAGAUAUGUUUAUUUAUUUAUUUAAAUCUUCAGUGGUACAACUUGCUGGUCUUUCUGUAUAUUUUUUCACAAGUGCAAAUUUAUGGUCGGUAUUCUUGAUUUUCUAUUGCAAAAAUUCCAAUUCUUUCAUUGACUCUGGUGUAAUAUUUAAUUGGAUGUCGGUAUAAAGUAUCAAGAACAUGUGACCAUUUUUCUCAUUAGGAAAAUAAUGGUUACAACAUACACUUUUUCUGAAAGAAAAUUGAACAUUGUAAUUUGAUUGCCAUAACAGUAGAGUGCUUGUCGCAUGAAAAUAUUUUCAUGAGCAUUUGCAAUUUCUUGUUUAAUGCUGGUUAGACUUGUUUUAAAAAUGAUGUGGCAUGCUUGAUUGUACUUCCAUUUCCAGGAGGCUUGCAUCAAAAUGUUUUCUUUGGUCGUUUGAAAUAAUUUAUAAUUUAUCUGUGUUGACCCAGAUGGCAUGACAUUUGUGUACCCAAAUUGAAAUGAACUAGAAGCAACCAUAGGGACACGAAAUUGUUUUCCUUCAGGAAAGGUGUAUACGCAUCUGAAUACGAUGCCCCUAAUCAACUCCCAAUUCUGAUCUGUAAGUUGUACCUGGCACAACUCAAGAUUAAGAAUAACCAUAGGUCAUGGCAGAAUCAACUCUUCCCAACAGCUCAGCAAACAUUGUAUGCUUACAUGUAGGCACACGUAGUUACAUCUCUUAAAUAUUCUUGCAUGUUUUCUGAUAUCUCCCUCCCCCCUUUUGUAAAGGGUACCAUAGCCAUUAUGGGGAGCAGUUGCCCUAACAAGACGGCUUCUCCCAAGUUCAUUGUUACAUGUUUAAAUGUUUUCUUUGCACAAUGUAAUUGUGUUCACAUGAACCAUCUAUACUCUGUUUUAACAUUGCUUAAAACAUGUAAAAGUUCCCUAACACAUUCCUUUAAUCAGUUGCACUGAUUUAUUUUCUUGGGGGGAGGGGUAUCUGACAGCAGCAAUUCAACCUUUUACAUUCAUGUUUGAAUUUCAUGUCUCCCUUAGAAGCUAGAAUCUGUUAAAAAAUGCUGGUAUUUUACCUUGCAUGUACAGGGUUGACUAAUUUAUGUAUUCAAAACUUUUUCUUAAGUUUUCUUAAGGAAGGAACGUUGCAGCCACUAAUAUUAUUUAAAUCAGCAAAAAAAGUUUGAGAAAUAUAAAAAAAAUUCUGCUUUGAGCAGACAGAUAUACGUAUCCAUGCUAAUGUUUAGGCAGGAAAUUAUGUAUAGUAGUUUCAACUCGUGCUUUUUUGCAUCCACCAGAAGUUGUGAUAAUUCCAGACCAGUGCAUGGAUCCUCCAUGCCAUCCUAGAAUGUCACAAUUUAAGCUACCAGUGUGUAUGGAGGGCUCACAUGGCCGCCAUCUUAAAGGCCAGUGCUUCUGUUCCACAGGGUAUAUGUACAAAGGAGGUUUCCUUGUGGUACAAAAGAGCUGCCCGACAAGAUGGCUACCGCACAAAAUUUCUGUUGUCUUGAUUGAUUGAAAAGGUCAUUGUUGUCAAUUUAGAACCCUGUGGAAAUUAAUAUUUGUGUACUACAUGCACGGGUAUUGUGCCGUAAGCGGUAUUAACAUGCCCUCUUGUACUUUAUUUCACAUCUUGAUUGUAACAGUACUUUUUGCUUGCAUUUGUCUUCGUACCAAAGAAGCCUGUUUACACACAUGUGAUAAUGUACAUACAAAGUUUCUGUUAGAAAAUUUGUCAGGGUACACGUAUCAGAUUCAUUUGAUCUACGCAAUGUUACUUUCUUAGGUUUUUGAAUGACAUGCCCGAGUAGGAGCCUGCCUGAAUGAGAAACUUUGGUCUUCUUCCAUGUUGUUUAGGGAUUCGUCAAACCUUUGUUGGUAGCAGGGUGACACUGUAAAUUUCAGCUCCAAAUUGUUAAAUGCUUCUUACAGAGAUAAGUCUUUUUUUCUGUUUUUAAAACUCUUUUUGAAAUUGGCUUUACUCCAAUUAAGUGUCUGCUUAAAUUUGACUAACCAUAAGGAAAUACGCCUUCCGUUUCUUGAAUUACAUUUUUAAGUUGAUUUUUAUCAGAUUAAAACAUGGAACUGUAUUAAAAUGUGUCGGUUGAUUCACUUUCAGUAAUAUGAGAUAAUCCAGUGAAGUAUUCAUUGUAAAAUGUUAAAAGACUCAUUUCAUAAGACUGUAUGUGUAACUUCUGAUAACUCUUUUAUUUUGCGACACUUCUCCGGAAAGAGGUGAUUAGUUUUCAUAAAAUGGGUCCCUUUUCAGAUGAAAGUCUAAAAGCAACUUUAAACUCAAAAUCGUCAGAUUUUAAAAAUUAACUCACCGAUUAACUCACAUUAUUAUUGCAAGAACAUUAUCAUCUCAAAACUUGGUGUAUUUUUUACUUUUCUGCCGUUGUCGGGGGACAGGUCACGAUGAGUGAAAGUUAGUAUUGUAAAAGAAACACGUGAUGUAGGGUUUUUAAUUAUUAAUCAAUGAAGAGCAGCGGGAAUUCAGUGGUAUGGGAAGGGUACUUAGGACUUACAAUGUGUGCAGGUGGAGGAAUAGGCUGACGUUCAGGUUUAAGUGCUUGUGUUAAAUGGUAAGCCAAGAUUAAAUUGAGAAAAGAACCAAGGUCUGCAUUUUGUGUCACUGGCUUCAUGGGGCACAAUAUUAGUACUGCUGUGUGCUUGUAGCUGCUUGACAAAAUUAGCACCCGCACCCCUUGUGGCCAAUGUAUGUAAACGGACGAGUUCAUUAAGCAUAUCAGCUAUACCUUAAUUAAAAUUUAAGAAACCCGUUGAUGGAUAAUUAAUUAAUGUCUGUUUAUGCAAAGUUAGAGCUUUUGUGGCGAUGUGUAAUGCACUAGAAAUACAAAAGCAUGAUUUAUUUUUCAAACUUAUUUGAGAGUUAUUUUUCUGAAUAUAUUGGCUACUGUACAAAAUGGGGUAAAAUAAAAAAAAAGCCAAAUAUUGAACUGUGUUAAUUUGCCGCCUUGUGAUAUGCAUGCAUAUAUAAUUAACCAAUGUGUAAAUAAUGUAAUUCUAAAUUAUAAAAUAGUACUGAGUAAAUUAGCCAUGGAACUCUUCAUCAUUGAAUGUCACAUGUCAAGGAUAACUUCAUUUCUACAAUAUUGUAAGUUAUUACAAUAUUGUAAUAACUCCACUGUGGAACUACAACUUUUCUAUAAGCACUGUAACUGAGAUACAAAGGUGUACUUUUCGGGUUUGAAACCUAACACAAUAGAACAUGUAAAAUAAAGGUUCAGAGGAAUACUUAUUAAAACUA